AUGGUAGUGGCUAUCUUUCUGUCAUUAACGUUCAUUGUUGUUGUUACACAAGGAAAGUCAGCAAGUAUUUCACCAGCUGUCGACUAUCAUCUACCAGAUUGGGCAGAUACUGGCAGCAUGAAUUAUGCACGAGCACUACAUACAGCAACUGUUCUAGAAGAUGGCUCGGUUUUAGUGACUGGCGGAUCUUAUCUAAAGACUGACUUAAAUUCCGCUGAACUGUAUGAUCCGACGACAGGUGCCAAUGUGCGGAAGAAUCGACAGCAACUCUAUUUAUCUAAAUAG